UAACAGUUCGGCUUCUAAACAUUGUAUUUCUGCACACAUUCUGGGGUUUGAUCGUUAUAGACACUUGAUUCAUGUUCACAUCAGAAAAGACAUCAAACAGGAACCUGUGACAAAGGUAAACAUGGCGACCAAUUCUCUGGAUCGAGUAAUGCGUGGAUCAAAGCUUAAACUUCUGUUUUUAGAUAUUUCCCACUUGACGUCCAAUGUUCAGAUGACUGUUCUGUCAACGGCUGUGUGUGGUUUCUUUAUCACAGGAGGAAUAUUUCAGGAGUUAGUGUCUCGCAUAUACCGGAAGGAACUUCUGAUAUAUAACUGGUACAUGACACUGAUACAGUUGGGAUGUUUUUCAUUGUUUGGUUUGAUGAAGUUGCAGCUGAAGAUGACAACGAUCAGGAGGUAUCAUUCAUUUGAUGAUUAGCCUUGAGUGUACGUUAUAAAUGUAGUAAUGAUA